AUGAAAAUUUGGUUAUCUGCAUGCAAACUUCUCUUAGUUUUAGUAUCUUUUUCAUUGCUACUUUCUAACUCAAUAUUGCUCCUUGCUAAUCCUUCAUCUUCUUUGCACCAACCAAAGAUUUUGUGUAAUGAUCAGGAGAAGUAUGCUUUGCUUCACUUCAAGCAAAGUUUCUCCAUUGAUUGUGGGAAAUCUUAUCCUGUUGUUGCAUACUCAAAGCUGCAAAUGUGGCCUGAAUUAGAUCAUGUAGGCAAUGAAAAUCGAGUCGAUUGUUGUUGGUGGGAUGGUGUGAUCUGCAAUAAUGAGACCGGUCAUGUGAUAGGUCUCGACCUCAGUAGUAGUUGUCUUUACGGAAAUUUCCCUCUAAAUAGCACCAUCUUUGGCCUUGAUCAUCUCGUAGAACUCAAUCUUGCUGAUAAUAACUUCACCUACUCACAAAUCCCUUCUGAAAUUGCUUUUAGUGGCCAAAUUCCAGCAGAAAUGGCAAAAUUGUCUAGCCUGUCUUACCUUGAUCUUUCUUAUAAUGGAGAUUUUCUUGGUGCUAAAGAUCAGUACAGUCUAAAACUUCAUGAUUUAAUUUUUGAGAAACUGUUAGCUAAUUUGACUCAAAUAACCCAACUCUUCCUUAGCCGAGUUGAUAUAUCAUCUACUGUACCCCUUUUUGUGGCUAACCGAACAUCCUUGCAGGCCAUUUCCCUCCAUGACUGCAAUCUAUUGGGUAAGAUCCCACCAAAUCUUUUAAAGCUUCCAAAUCUCGAAGAAGUUGAAUUGUAUUCUAAUUUGAAUCUACGAGGACAUCUUCCAGACUUUCAUUCCAACAGUCCUCUAAGAUACUUACUCCUUGCUCAAACAAGUUUUUCAGGUAAGUUGCCAAAUUCACUUGGAAAUCUUGCUUCUUUGGAAAUUUUGGAUCUUGAAAUGUGUUACUUCAAAGGAAAUAUUCCAUUUUCCUUGGGUAACUUAUCAAAGCUCACUACUUUAAGCCUUUCCCAUAAUCAUUUAAGAGGUGAUUUCCCUUCAACUCUUGUGAACUUAUCUCGGCUUACUACUUUGUCUCUGUCCGAUAUCAAGAUCAUUGAUCCUGUGAUAUUGAAAUCUUGGCUCGUUAAGCUAAACAAACUCACUCAAUUAGAAUUAUUUAGAAUGAAUUUAAAUGAUGAGAUCCUACCUAAUCUAGCAAACCUUACUUCACUCACUUUUUUGAACCUUAAGGACAAUCAACUAACAGCACCAUUGUCACAUUGGUUGGUAAAUCUAACUCAAUUGAAGACAUUAUAUCUAGAAGGAAAUCAAUUUCAAGGUACAAUCCCACCAUGGCUUCAUAACUUUCUUAAUCUUGAAUCAUUGGGCAUAUCUUUUAAAGGUUCAAGGGGUAGGUUUGAUCCGUUUCUAAAGCUCCCAAAUCUUUUUUCGCUAUAUGUGUCUGGUCUUACCCUUACCUUUCCUUCCAACAUAAGUUCCAAUUCUUCAGUUUCGAAUUUUAGUCACUUGGGUAUUGAAUCAUGCUACUUGACCGAAUUCCCAGAGUUCUUACGGUAUCAGAAAGAGCUACAAGAACUCUCUCUAAGUCAAAACAACAUUGUAGGUGAUAUACCACAUUGGUUUGUAAACACGACUAGAGAAAGUCUAAUUGUACUAGACCUCUCUGAUAACCUUUUAACAAGUUUUGAACAACCUCAAACGAUCCUCCCAUGGGUUGAUUUGGAAAUUCUUAACCUUGAUGAUAACAAGUUUCGAGGCCAAGUUAUGAUUCCACCAAGUUCCAUGCAAGCUUAUCAAGUCAAAAAUAAUCGAUAUUCUGGAGUUAUUCCGAAGGAAAUUUGUCAGGCUAGCUCAUUGGUCUUUCUAGACUUCUCCAACAACUCUCUUAGAGGUCACAUCCCUAACUGCAUUAGCCAUCAGCUUGGUGAUUCUUUGCAAGUUCUGAAUUUACAAGGCAAUAAUUUUGAUGGCACAAUCCCCCAAAAAUUUUCAAAAUCAUGCAAGUUGAAAAUGAUUAAUUUGAGCCAAAAUCAAUUCAAAGGUGAUUUGCCCAAAUCUUUGAUCAAUUGCAGAAUGCUUGAGGUACUCGAUGUUGGGAAAAACCAUAUAAAUGACACUUUCCCGACAUGGUUGGGAAGUCUUCCUAGGUUAGCAGUUCUCGUCCUGAGGUAUAACCGUUUUCAUGGAAAGAUAGCAACUCCUAAGCUUUAUUAUGGUUUCCCCUGCUUGUGUAUACUUGAUACUUCUUACAACUUUCACACUGGCGAUUUGCCAUCGACUUAUUUUCAAAGCUGGUCUGCAAUGAAAGUUUCUAGUGAAGAAAAAUCAGAUUCAUACAUGUCCUCUAUCACAAUAGGCCUGAAUUAUUUGGGUAUCUUUUAUCCUAUAGAUCUUCCAUAUGAUUAUGUCAUCACCAUAUCAAAUAAAGUGGUGAAAUCACAGAAGUCAUCAGCGCGCUUAUAG